AUCACGUGUGCGGACUCGGUGAUUAAUAUACCAGAGGAAUAAAAAAAAAAUGUCCCUUCGAACCUAUGAUGUGUUCUCCGAGGUGACGAGGAGCCAGUCUUGCACAGGACACGAGGACGAACGCGUACACAUGUAAUCAUACAUCUAAGACUAACGCCACUAAAUACGCUAUACCUACGUUAAGAUACUAUACUGCAUUAUUGUUUUGUUAUAAUUUUAGUGUAUUGUGACAGUAGUUAAUCAACGUUAACAGUAUUUAAGUCAGUGUUCCAUAACAAUUAAAAAUAAAUACUCAGGCAAUCAAAACUAUACUGCUGCUUUGAAAAGCCUCUGCGUAGGUUUACUUUUAUUUCUAAUUAGUUUAUCGCGAAAAUAUUGAAAAGACCAGCGAAAGAUUUACGAUGAAGAUCGAAAACGACGCGGAUCCUUACAUGUGGUUUGCUGACUGUCUGGGACCCGAACCACAGGAUUGGAUGAAGGAUGUGGGGUUAGAUUGGUUUGACGAAGAACUUUUGGGUCGACCCGAAUCGCCCACAUCGUCGGCACCGGUAUCACGAUCCAUGGCUACAGAAAAUAAUAGUGACCACCAGAGAUAUCGUGAUGGUUACCCGUCAUAUACUAUCGAGUCGUCCGCAUGGCUCAUCCAACAACACCAACAAUCAGCCGAUUCCGAAGAUGACAACGAUGAAGAUUACUCGUUACCACCGCCCGUUUUACCACCCAUGAUACCCGGCACCAGGAGUUUCUCCGACCAACUUCACAGGAUCCGAAAACCAUACGCCUUAGGGUCACCACCAUCUACCUCAACAUCAUCUGAAUUAUUGAAAGUCCAAGAAUUUGAUUCAUUUGGACACACAAUUAUCGCCGAUGAAGAAGUUUGUUUUGACAUGCCAUUUUUAACGAACGACUCAGUUAAUAAAUCGUUUCUAGCUUCUGACAAUCAGGUGGUAAUGGCGAAAGACGAUUGUGAUGCUAUAAUGUACGACACAUUCUUGGAACCACUUUACCAAGGCAAUCCCUGCGACGGAGUAUUGGCGUGCGAAUGGGAAGGGUGCACGGUAAAAGUCGAUGGCCCAGGUCAAGAACCGCUGGUACGGCACAUCGAGAAACUGCACGUGGACACCGCUCCCCGGGGCGCCUGCGCGCAGUACACGUGCCAGUGGCGAGGAUGCCCCAGGCGCGUGCGUCCGUUCAACGCCCGGUACAAGCUGCUCAUACACAUGCGAGUGCAUUCGGGCGACAAGCCCAAUAAAUGCACGUUUGCUGGCUGUCCAAAAGCAUUCUCUAGACUAGAGAAUUUAAAAAUUCAUCAGCGGUCACACACCGGUGAAAAACCAUAUUCAUGUCAAUUUUUGGGAUGCUCAAAAGCGUUCAGUAACAGUUCGGAUCGAGCGAAACAUCAAAGAACUCAUUUUGAACAGAAACCAUAUGCCUGUACAGCAAGUGGAUGUAACAAACGGUACACUGAUCCAAGUUCACUAAGAAAACAUGUAAAAAACCAUUCACCACAAUCAUCUACGAAACAUUGGUCCAAAAAUAAUAUUUUACCCAAACCUCAUAUUCAAUCGGAUUUAGCCAGUACAACAAAUAUUCAGACAAUACAUUACCCCGAUGAAAAACAAUUCAAAAUCAAAUUAGAAAAGACUCAAUGGUAAAAAUCGAUAUACAUUUAAGGUUUAUGAAGUCUGUGAUUUAAAAAAAAAAAAACUCAUGAAUCUAUAUUAAAUUGUUGUGAUUAUAUUAUAGUAAACAAAAGCUGUUUAAAUAAACUGCCUUAAGUAGAUUAAGUUUAGAGAUGUAUUUAAAUUUCUAAUGUCUCUCAUCAUA